AUGGGGCUGAUGAAUGUUCCCUCUCAGCAGUGGAGGCCUACCACACUGCGCCAUCUGCACUCCAGGCUGCCAGCCAGGAUGUGGAGUUGGACUUUGGAGAAGAAGUCAUGGAGGGACAACAGUCGGACCCCUUUUAUCCAUAGACUUGACCACAUUGUGAUGACAGUAAAGAGACUCAAAGACACCACUAUGUUUUAUUCCAAGAUCCUGGGCAUGGAGGUCAUGACUUUUGAGGGAGACCAGAAAGCAUUGUGUUUUGGAGACCAGAAAUUUAACCUCCACGAGGUGGGAAAGGAAUUUGAAUCCAAAGCCACUCACCUGGUCCCCGGCUCCCUGGGUAUAUGCCCGAUCACAAAGAUGCAUUUGGAGGAAAUGGUCCAGUGCCUCAAGACUUGUGAUGUCAUUGAGGAGGGUCCAGUCCCCAGAACAGGGGCAAAAGGGCCCAUUAUGUCCAUCUACCUCCAAUACCCUGACAGAAACCUGACUGAGGGGUCCCAACUAUAUCUCCUCAUGAUGGAGCUCACUCCAGCCAGGUGCUACCUGAUGUUUAUUCCACCCAACUGGUUUGACUGA